AACUGCAUCAUGGGAGAUUAUUUGACCAAACCGGUUACCAACAGCUUGAUGACCUACAAUUCGUGAAGAAAUUCGAGAAAAUAACUGGUUAAUUAACUAUUAGUCUUUAUUAACAUUUGCAAGCAGUUGAAUCAUUGUUCCAGCCAUGAAACACAAGGAGUCACAGUUACAAAAAGAGGAACAAAAGGAAGAAAUAGAUAAGGAAACCACUGAACCACCCUUACAAAGUUCACAGAAACUACAGCCUGGAGAGGUGCUUUCAAGUGAUUUAACCGGUGAAUCAAGAAUAAUUAGUGUGGAGGAUGGUGAUGAUGAUGAUGUUGAUGAAGAAGAUGAUGAACAGCUACCAAGAAACAAUGAACCCAAUGGAGAGCAGGACGAAGAUGAAGAAGAAGAUGAUGAUGAGGUGGAGAUAAUUGAACAGAAACAUAGAAAUGACCAGAGCCUGACAUCUGAUGUGCCUGAUGUCAUGCAGUUGCCUGGUUUUGUUCAUGAAGAUCAAACUUUAAAAGGUGAUGUGGAUCAAGAUGAUGAAGAUGUAGAAAUUACAGCUAAAGUUAAAGGCAAAAGACCUAUUAGAUCUCCGGAAAAACUAGCUGCGGUGCGUAAAGAUGCAGAAAUGUCUUUUGGUUUUGAUGAUGAGCCAGACACAGAUUCUAAGGGUGAGAAAGAAAGCAGUCACUCGAGUCGCCGUGGUGGAAAAAGUCCAAGAGAUGGUGGAGAUGCUGCUGAAUCGACACCAGAGCCACCUAAACGUAAAGGCCGCCCACCCAAAUCUAAGGAUGUAGAAAUAAUUUCUGACGAAAUACCUAGAAAAAAUAAAGUUAAUCAAAAAGACAAUCUCAAAGAAGAAGGGCAAACUGAACAAAAUAAAAGUGCUUCAAAAAAUACAAAGGUAGAUGAUGAUGAAGCAGAUGAUGAUGAUGGAGAUAAUGAAGAAGAAAAGAUUUCUUCUAGAAGAAGAGCUAAGCCACCGAAAAGAUAUGGGGAUGAAUCACCAGUACCUAGUAAACCUGAAAAGUCAAAGACCCCUGGUAAGAGUAAAAGUAAAUCUGAUGAUGAAAGUGAUGCAGUGACACCAAAAAUGGCAAAGAAAAAUGAGGAGACUCCUGUACACACUGGAAAAAGGGGUAGACCCAAAAAACACCAUGAUUCAGAUCCAGAGCCACCUAGGAAAAGGGGUAGACCAAGAAAAGUUGAAACAGAAGAUGAUGAUGAAGAGAAGACAAAAAGGCAGACCCCAAAAUUAUCUGCAACAGCUCAGCCCCGUAAGACUCCUACUCUAAAAGACGAUGGUUCUGAAAGCCCUAAGAAAAAAUUGGGUAAAGGUAGAGAUGAUGAUGAUAAAGAUGAAGAACCAGUUGUAACACCUCGUAGAGGACGUCCUCCCAAGAAUUCAAAAUUAACUGAUUCAGCUAAAAAUCAGACAACUACUAAAAAACCUAUCCAUAUAGAAGAAAUAGAUGAUGAUGAGGAGGAAGAAGAGGAAAUAGAAGACGAGGAUGAGGAGGAAGAAGAUGAAGAUUUAGAAGAUUUAGAGGAUGAUGAGGAUUACUCUCCCAACAAAGGUGGAAGAAAAGGUAGACCUAGCAUGUCUCCCAGAUCUGGACGUAAGCGGCCAAGAUCACAAUCUGAGAUUGUUGUUGUACCAUUGACAAUGAGUAAAGUAAAACAAGAGCCAGUCUACGAAGAUGAUAUAGUAGAAGUUAAACAUAUAGUUUCUUCUCCACAUACUCCAGGUGAUCAAUACAUUGCUAAUUUGGAUGACAGUCAGGUGGAAGAGGAAGAGGUAGGAGGGACUGAUACAUCAAUGGCAGACAACUGUAUGUCUACCCAGACACCACAGUUUGAUGAAUUUGUUGAAGUUGAGACUAUCUUUGAAACAGCUACACGAAGAUCAGUGCAGACUCAAACAGACCCUCGCCUCAAAAGGAAAAAGUUUGGGCCACUAAACCAUGACGCAGGUAUAGAUGCCAUGGACUUUGAUGAAUAUGAUGAGGAUGAUAUAUAUAAUCGUAGAAGAUUAAAACUUGAGGAACACUAUGGUCUUUUUGAGGAUGGAGAGCCUAGAAGGAAAUCUAUUCGUCGCAAUACUGAAGAAGCUCUUAAAUGUCCCUUCUGUGAGAAAGCCUUUAUUGGCUUGGUUAAACAUAUUAAAGGAAAACAUAGAGAUGAGCACAACUAUGAGGAGGAAAUGAGAAAUGCAAAAUGGAGGGAAAGAAUUAUGAAGGUAUCAACAAUUGGUUUAGAUGAAUCAGGAGAAACUUGUACAGAAUGUGGCAAAGUUACCAAAAACAUGAAAAGACACAUGGAACUGCAUCAACAAAACCGCAUGCAAAUACCUUGUCCUAUCUGUUCCAAGGUUGUCUUAAAAACUGGAAUGAGUUCUCAUAUGAGAACAGUUCAUUCUGGACGUAAACCAUACAAGUGUCCACACUGUGACUAUGCUUCUGCUUUUAGAGGAAAUCUCAAUACACAUAUCAAGGGUAUGCAUCUUCACACCCGUCAGUACCUCUGCAAUACUUGUAAAGCUGCUUUUAAAACACUUGGAGCCCUUAUUGGCCACACUAAGCGGGUGCAUGAGAAUUGGAAAUCUCCCAAUCAGAAGAUCUUUAUCUGCUCAGUAUGUGAGAAAAGAUUUACCAAAAAAUACCAUGUGGAUCGCCAUAUGCUGAUUCAUACUGGAGAAAAGCCGCACAAAUGUACGGAUUGUGGAAGAUGCUUUAAUAACAAAUCUAACCUUAUGUCUCAUAUACAGUUGGUCCACAAAAAACUUUCACCUUACAUGUGUGACAUGUGUCAUGAAACUUUCAAGCGCAAGAAACUACUUUUGGAGCAUAUCGGUAAAAUUCAUGUGUCUCAUGGAGAAUCAGCUAAGGCUAUGCAGGCAUACAUUCGUAAGAUUGAAGAAGCUGGAGAUGACGAUGAUGAUGAUUUGGGACAUGCUAUUACCAUAGCCCCAGCAGGCUCCUCACACCAUGAUGGGGAUGAUGGGACUACUACUGUUUAUGCUCAGGUGUCAGAUGGCACUUACCAAGCAAUGGUUGGUGAUGCUUCUCAAGUUCUUCAAGGUCAGACCUAUACAACUCUUCAGACUGACGGUGGAGAGGAGACCAUUAUUAUUGUCCAAGCAGCUGAUCCAAAUGAAGUUACACAUGCAAUAGUUGAACAGGAUGGCCCAGUCCAGUUUGCCAUGCAGCCUGGUGAUGAUUCACACAACUCUGAUGGCAAUACAAGCUUCAUCACUAUGUAAAAGCUUGAGACAAUUCCAGAUGUGUAAAAAUGUGGGUCCAUCAACAGUAGAUUUUGACCAUAUGAAUCAUUCUGUAGCAUAUACAAACAAUUGUAAUUUUUUUUAAAAACAAAUAUUUGCUUCUCUGUUCUCCAGUAAAGUAAAAAAGUAUGCAUGGUUUAAAUUGUUUUAAAAAACAUGAUGAAUGCUCAAGCUAAAGUAAUUGCAUCACAUCAAUUUGUUGAUAUCAGCAUGAUUGAUUGCAAUUUAUCUUUUCAAUUAUUGUCACUUUUUUCUAUAAAAAAAAGUAACAUUCAUCAGCACAUUACUUCUGUGUUACUGGUGCCGUUUUUUUUUUUUGGGUUUAUAUUGGUAAGGUUAUUUUACUUGUGUGUAUAUAUGCAUAUAUAUAUAUGUAAAUAAAACAUACAGUGGGGCUCCUUAUUGUUUGUGUGAUGAAUUGGCUUCUGCUGGAAAAUUGUUUAACAAGUGUUCAAGGAUUAGGUUCUAAAAUUGUAAAAUAUAUGGCAUAAUAUUGGACAUUGCCUUAAAUAAUGACAGGAUGACAUGGAACCCCAGUGUGUGUAUGAAUAUUUAUAUACAUAUAUACUUAAUAUUUUAGCUCAGUGACUUUUUAAAAAAAGGUAAUAUUGCUCCUGUCUAUGUAAGCUUACAAAUUUUCAUAUAUUAAAAAAAUGAACUUUAAUUUAUUUUUCUAGCAAAUACAAAAGCAAACAAUGUAUAACUUGUUGCUAGUCUUCAAAAUAGUGUAUUGCAUUCAUAAGUUGAAUAUUUUUCAUCUACCAUGAGUGCAAUAUGAGCUAGAUGAUCUAUGUAACAUCUAUUUAUACAUUUGACAUUUUUAUCUCAUUUGAUUAUUUUGUUACAGUUUUCACAGUUUUGUAUUGUUUCACUGCUGUAAAUGGAUUACUUGUUCAAUAUUGGCAGUUUUUAAUUGAAAUGGGUUCAAAACAAUGUAAAAAAAUUGUAUUCAUUACAACUACUUGAUGAUGAAUUCCACAUUUCAUACUUCUUCAUAUUCUUCAUACGUUUUUUACUUAGUUGUAUCUAAUUAUAAGGUGAUUAACAAAAAUGUACAUCCUUUUUAAAAAAAAAUUGUUUUUAAUGACACUUUGUUGAUGUACAUGUUAUAUGCUUUUUUAAAAAAAAUUGUGCUUUGUUAUAUUACUUUUUCUAGUUUUAUUAAUUUUUUUCAAAGUUUAAAUAAAUGAGCAAUUGUUACAUUUUCUUUUUUAAAUUAUUCUAAUAAACUAUGUGUACUAAAUAUUGAUUAGGGAAGUCAAGUUUAGUGAAAACAACAAUCAUAAAUCAUCCUUGACAUUCCUAAGCUAAUUGUUAUCCAUAAUCUUCUUUGAUCCACUGAUUUUAAACUAUGGACUUCACUUUCUUUUUGUAUUCAAUGAACUUGUUGAUAAAAUUUUGAUGUUUUUAAAUCAGAUUUCUUUUGCUUAGUUUUUGAAUGUAUCUCCUGAUGUUUAUUUAAUAGUUGUAAAAUGUGUUCUUUGUAUUGUUUGAUUCCCUGGAUUGCUUGCUACUCAAAGUGAAUCAAAGUUUUUGGUAUGGAAGGUCAGACUUUGUAUUUGAUCCUGUGUUGUCUCUGGAGGUACUGCACGCCAAGUCUGCAGUUUCACCUGUAGGGGAUAUCUAUCAGUGUUAUCUCUUUAUUGUUACCUGUAGUAUUAUAAAGCUGAUGUUACCAUUAUUACCAUGGAGUGAGAUGACAUGUAACUGGCUGGCAGGAGUGAAAAUGUUUUUUUUUUUUUCAUCUUUUCAUUUUUUUAUGAGUUGAAGAAAUAGUGUCUGAUUAAACUGUGAAUUAAAAGUUAUUUCAGUGUU